AGAGACAGAGAGACAGAGAGAGAGAGACAGAGAGACAGAGAGGGAGAGACUGCUGGGAAUGUGAGUGAGACCUGAGCCUGAGAGACACAGGGAAGAGACUGCGAGGAGGAGACACCAGAGACUCACAAUGGGCAGCAAGGAGCGUUACCAUUGGCAGACGCAGAAUGUGCGGCAGAGCGGAGUGGACGAUAUGGUUCUGCUCUCCAAGAUCACGGAGGAAGCCAUCGUGGACAACCUGAAAAAGAGAUACAUGGACGAUUACAUCUUUACAUAUAUUGGCCCUGUGCUGAUCUCUGUUAACCCCUUCAAGCAGCUGCCUUACUUCACCGACCGAGAGAUUGAGAUGUACCAGGGAGCGGCCCAAUAUGAGAACCCGCCCCACAUCUAUGCGCUGGCCGAUACCAUGUACCGUAACAUGCUGAUAGAUGGGGAGAACCAGUGUGUGAUCAUCAGUGGGGAGAGUGGAGCCGGGAAGACUGUGGCAGCCAAAUACAUCAUGGGCUACAUCUCCAAGGUUUCCGGUGGGGGCCCCAAAGUUCAGCACGUAAAGGACAUUAUUCUCAAAUCCAACCCCCUGCUGGAGGCAUUUGGCAACGCAAAGACUGUGAGGAACAACAACUCCAGCAGAUUUGGCAAAUACUUUGAGAUCCAGUUCAGUCGUGGGGGGGAGCCGGACGGAGGCAAAAUCUCCAACUUUCUCCUGGAGAAAUCGCGUGUUGUGAGUCAGAACUCAGGAGAGAGGAGCUUCCAUAUCUUCUACCAGGUACUAGAGGGGGCGUCAGCCGAGGAUAAGGAGAAUUUGGGGAUCACCUCCCCCGAUUACUAUUUCUACCUGAAUCAGUCGUCCGUGUAUCACGUGGAGGACGUAAGUGACAAAAAGGAGUUUGCAGAAACCAUGCUGGCCAUGAAUGUGGUGGGUCUGGACCCCGAUACUCAGACGUCGGUGCUACAGAUUGUGGCUGGAAUUCUACAUCUCGGGAACAUCACCUUUAGGGAGAAUGGGAACAACGCGGAGGUGGAGAGUCAGGAUUUCCUGGCGUUCCCUUCCUAUCUACUUGGCAUUGACCAGAUGCGGCUGCAGGAGAAGUUGACCAGCAGGAAGAUGGACAGUAAAUGGGGAGGGAAAUCGGAGGUGAUUGACGUGACGCUGAACGCAGAACAGGCCUGUUUCACCCGCGAUGCUCUGGCCAAAGCUCUGUACAGUCGCCUCUUCGAUUACCUGGUGGAGGCCAUUAAUAAAGCAAUGAGGAAGGAGGCUGAGGAGUACAAUAUCGGGGUGCUGGACAUAUACGGCUUUGAGAUAUUCCAGAAAAACGGCUUUGAGCAAUUCUGCAUAAACUUUGUGAAUGAGAAACUGCAGCAAAUCUUCAUUGAACUGACGCUGAAAGCUGAACAGGAGGAAUAUGUGCAGGAAGGGAUCCACUGGAACCCCAUUGAGUAUUUCAACAAUAAAGUCGUGUGUGACCUGAUAGAGAACAAAGUGAACCCACCGGGGGUGAUGAGUAUCCUGGACGAUGUGUGUGCCACCAUGCAUGCCAAGGGAGAGGGUGCCGACCAGACGCUCCUGCAGAAACUCCAGUCGGCCAUCGGUAGCCACGAGCAUUUCAACAGCUGGAACAAGGGCUUCAUUAUUCACCAUUAUGCUGGAAAGGUGUCGUACGACGUCAAUGGAUUUUGUGAGCGGAACCGGGAUGUUUUGUUCACUGACCUGAUUGAGCUGAUGCAGAGCAGUGAAAUACCGUUCAUCAGGGAACGAUUCCCAGAAAAUCUCAAUGCGGAGAAGAAAGGGCGUCCAAGUACGGCAGGCACCAAGAUCAAGAAACAAGCGAACGAUUUAGUACAGACCCUGAUGAAGUGCACCCCUCAUUACAUUCGAUGUAUAAAGCCCAAUGAGACCAAGAAACCACGGGACUGGGAGGACAGCAGGGCGAAACAUCAGGUGGAAUAUUUGGGGCUCCGAGAGAACAUCCGUGUUCGACGUGCCGGUUACGCAUACCGCCGAGUGUUCCAGAAGUUCCUGCACAGGUACGCAAUCUUGACCCGUGAGACGUGGCCGCGAUGGAGCGGUGAUGAGAAGAAGGGCGUCAUACAUCUGCUGCGCUCAGUGAAUAUGGACUCCGAUCAGUAUCAGCUGGGAAGGACCAAAGUGUUUAUUAAAGCCCCAGAGUCGCUCUUCUUGUUGGAGGAGAUGCGAGAACGAAAGUAUGACAACUACGCCCGCGUUAUUCAGAAAGCCUGGCGCAAGCACACGGCUGUGCGCAAGUAUAUUCGCAUGCGGGAGGAAGCCUCCAGCAUUGUCCUGAACCAGAAGGAAAGGAGGAGGAACAGCAUCAACCGCAACUUUGUAGGUGAUUACAUUGGCAUGGACAGUCGGCCCGAACUCCGACAGUUUGUGGGGCGCAGGGAGAGGAUCGACUUUGCAGACAUUGUGACCAAAUACGACCGUAGAUUCAAGACACUCAAACGUGACAUGGUCCUGACACCAAAGUUCCUGUAUCUGAUUGGUCGGGAGAAGGUGAAACAGGGACCAGAAAAGGGUCUAAUUAAGGAGGUUCUGAAGAGGAAGAUUGAGGUGGAGAACAUUCAGUCUGUAUCAAUGAGUAAGUUGCAAGACGACUUCAUCAUCCUCCACGAGGCCCAGUACGACAGCGUCCUGGAGACCAUGUUUAAGACGGAGUUUCUCAGCCUCCUGUACAAACGCUACGAGGAGAAGAAACAGAAGAAACUGCCCAUAAAAUUCAGCAACCAGCUGGAAUUCAAGGUGAAGAAGGAAGGCUGGGCACCAUGGGGAGCGGCGGGAACACGACAGAUCCAGUUCCAGAAUGGAAUAGGGGACAUGGCGCUGACCAAGAUCAAUGGGAAGGUUCUGGUUAUCAGUAUUGGGCAGGGGUUGCCCCCCAACUCACGACCCACUCGUAAGGAUAACCGCAAGAGCCAAUAUCUGAGCAGCACACCGGCCGGGAACCAAAGGGCAAAUGGAGGCAAUAAGAAGAGCUCGCGGCCACCCAUGUUGCAAAGAAUGUCAUUCACAUCACGACAGCUAAGUGUGGAGCAACCAACCUUACCGAGACAAGGUGCCAGUCCCCGUGCCAAGGCUCCUCCCACGCCGGUCAACCUGGACUUCAUGAAUGUUCCAGAUCAGGGCACAGCGGGAAUCCUUAGGAGGCGCUCCAAGGAAGUCAAGCCUGUCCCUGGAGGUGGAAGGUCCAAGCCCGCCCCAAAGCCCAAGCCACAGCCUGCCCUGCCCCUCUGCCGGGCACUCUAUGCUUAUGAUGCACAGGACACCGAUGAGCUCAGCUUCAAUGCCAACGAUCAGCUGGAGAUUGUCAGGGAAGACCCAUCGGGCUGGUGGCAGGGGCGGAUCCGAGGCAGAGAAGGACUGUUUCCAGGCAAUUACGUGGAGAAGAUCUGACCGCACCACUGCCCCAUGUUCUGAUCCUCUACUGGGGGGCUCAUCUGGUGUAUAACCAACCCAUCCUGAUAAGGAAGGACCACCGGCUCCAAGCAGAUCCGGAUUUGUUUAUAGAAAUCGAACAACUUUUUUAAUUUUUGUUUUUUAAAGAAAUCUAUUUUUUAAAAAAUACAUAAAGUAUGAGCCAUUGUAAUGCUGGUGCCAAGUCUAUACACCUCCGGCCGGAACAGGAGCUUGAGGGACAGAUGGACUAUGUAGCCACUGACCCCCAGUGUAUUUACUUGCUGGAGGCAGAAACAUUUCAUGGACUUUGGGACACCGAGAAAGUUCUUAUAUUUACCCCUCAUAUAAUAUUCCCCCCACGGCAGCCUAUCAUUAUUAUUCUACGAUGAUCCUUUCCAUCUUGUACCCACUAAAUAAACCAAAUUGUGCCUU